GCAACAAGCACGUGAUGUGAGGGGCAGGGGAGGGCAAGCAGGCAGGUGGUCGUGUCCCAGCUGCAGAUAAUAUGGGUUGCUGUGAGGAAAUACUAGGGUCAGUACCAGUCAUCGGGUGUUACUGCUUUUGUGGUGGCGUGCCUCUGGUGUUGUUCUUGAUGCAGACGACACACAUUGUCCUGGCUGUGGCUUUCCUUGGCACCCUCGUCUGUGGGGUCCCUCGCGGCACUGAGGUCCCGAAGAUCCCAUGCCCUAGUGAGGUGUCCGACAAGUGCCCCAGCGUAGACGGCCCGACCCCCGUGUACCUGGCCCACCCCAAUGACUGCACCAAAUUCUGUGUGUGCGAUGACAAGGUGGCGUUCGAGCAGGACUGCAUGAAGGGCCUGGUGUUUGAUGAGGUGAUCCACGUAUGCAACUGGCCCUACAAUGUGGACUGCGGCACCCGGCCCAUUCCUCCCAACUGAACACCUGCAGACUGAACCAGCGCCGUGUGUCUCCUGCCCACUCCUCAUGCCAGCCUUUCGCCCCCUGCCUCUGUCCUCUACUCCAGCAGCAGUUACAGAAGCAGGCAUCAUGGAGAAAGGGUAGGAGGAUUUAAAGAAGAAACUGUCCCUGCGUCUUAAUAAAUUAUGUUUUGUG